GUCAGUGAAAAGCUCGGUGGGUCGGCUCUAGAUUCCGUGUGUCCAUGGAUGUCGCAACUGCUUCUUCAGUCCCCUAGUCCCUGGUGGCUGGCACUUGAAACCUGGGAGCUUCGGGUAUUUGAGGACAGGAGGUCCCGGCUCGCACGAGGGAGAUGCUUUCGUCCCCGUUCCUGGGAAGCUCGUUGCUCUCUCUCUGCUCUCUCUGCUCUCUCUGCUCUCUCUGCUCUCUCUGCUCUCUCUGUUGCUCUCCCCGAACCCCAGGGUCCGCCAAGAGAUAUUCAAGAGAAAACCAGUUGCUAGUCAGCGAGAGCUAAGCUCCCUUAGCUGAGUGCCAAUCUGAACGUCACAAGCCAUGGCGGCCUCCUAUCCUCAAAUCGUCCUCUUUGGCGAUUCUAUCAUUCAGGGAGCUAUCGACCUAGUAGACGGCUUCUCCUUCCACGCUGCCCUGCAAUCAAAAGUCAACCGUCGAUAUGAUGUUAUCAACCGCGGGCUCUCAGGCUACAACACAUCAAAUGCCCUGGCCGUCUUACCUCAGGUCUUCUCCCCGCCUGGUCCGGGCGUGCCGAAGAUUGAGUGCCUGCAGUUCAUCCUCCUUGGGGCCAAUGAUGCUUGCGUCCCAUUGCCCACAAACCACCAGCAUGUUCCCCUCGACAAGUACAAGAUCAACUUGAAGCGGAUCAUCACACAUCCUACCAUCACAGCCCACAAGCCCAAGAUUUUCCUCAUCACCCCACCGCCCCUUGACCAGAUCCGUAUCACCGAGCUUGACCUCGCUUCCGGGCACCCUUCGGCGACAAGGCAUGCCAAGAUCAGCGCGUCAUAUUCAGAGGCUGCCAGACAAGUGGCCGCCGAGAACGCCGGUGUUACCCUAAUUGAUCUCUGGAAGGCCAUAAUGGACACUGCCAUCAAGAAGACGCCGUCCUUCAACCCUAACGGCCCACCUCUCGGGUAUCCAGAGGGACAGCGUGGCUAUCUAGAGCACCUCUUGCCAGACGGUCUCCACCUGAGCCCCGAGUCGUACCGCAUCUUCUACGAUCUUGUCAGCUCGUAUAUUGACUCAAACGAUGAGAACAGAGUGCUUCCAGAGUGGAGACAGGCGCCGUGGUUGGAGGAGGAUGGCCAUCUGAAGGGUUGA